AUGCACUCUACCAACGCCAGCGACAACACGGACGGCGCCACUCAUGAGGAUGCGACUGAUCUCUUAACUACGAUCCCGACCGAGUUGGUACUCGAUAUCUGCCAGUACCUAACUCAGCGCGUGCGAUUCCGCCUCGCUCAAGCGUCGAAGAAGUUAUCACAGCUCAUCAUUACUGAGAUGUACUGUGACGAUGCAAAGAUCGGUGAUCGCUACGCGCUCUGGUGGGCGGUCGUCAAGGGCCGCAAAGGCGCCCUCGAGACAAUUCUCCGACGCGACCCUGCUGCCGUUCACGUUUACUUCGAGAAAGGCCACCGCAUCGCCAAUGCAGGACCCAGAUUCGGCCGUAACCAGACCGCUCUUCUGCUAGCAUGCCGGGUACAGAACGCGCGCGCAGUCAACCUGCUCCUCGACAACGGAGCAAGCGCGAUAAAGCCAGACAAGUAUCCGGUAGCUGGCCAUUCUCUUUGCUGGUACCCUAUCAACUGGGUUAUAACGAAUAAUAUGCAAGGAAAAGCCAGCAGAAUCAUCCAUGCUCUGAGUCAGCACGGUGCGGAUAUGGACGUGCGGCCUACCGCGUGGUGUAAACCCAAAGAAGAAGCUACUGCUCCCGAACAAGAAGACGCUGCUCCCGAAGAAGAAGCUAUUGCUCCUGUUCCCCAGCUUUCGGCACACAUCACGAUAGCACAGGAUGAGGUCGCGCCAGUCUUCGAUCUGCUACGCUUGGGCGAAUGGUACAUCGCUACAGACAACCUCAUACGCGCCGAAGGCAAAAAAGUAUCCGCCAAAUACGUCGAUCAAGACUUCGGCAAACGUCUCGACUACGCCCUGGCAGCACUGCGUAUGCUCCUCGCCCGUGGUGCGGACCCGAACUCUCGAAACGCUUACAACCAUACCCCGUUGACUUACAUCAUCAGUCAGCUCCAUGCGUGGAAAGCAAGGUUUCCUUUCCCGCGAGCGGCGGUGUUUAGACACGAGGAAGAGCAUCAGUAUGCCAUGUUGACUCAGAAGGUCUGGUGUUUCAUCGACGCCCUGGUUUAUUACGGUGCCGACCUCAACAAGACAGACUUGAAGGGGAGAACACCGCUGCAUCUCGCAUGCACCCUUGACGAGCGCCACAGAAUGAUCAGAGACAACCUCGUGGCACUGGCUUCAGUUCGGCGUUGA